AUGUCGUACACAAUCGAAGUCACGGAUACUACCCCCGUCAAUGUUGAGUUUACAGGCUCAACUGACUUCUUCGUUUACGGCCAUACUUUCCUCAGCAUUACUCGGUGCGGUUAUGAAGAUGCAUGCAUCAAGAUGGAGACUUUCGGCACUUCCGGCUUUACGUUGAAGGCUGCGUCUUUGGUCAAGAUCAAGUCUGCUUCGGAGAAAGGGUUCACGGUUCACGUGAAGAAGAGUGAGGGCAAUGUGGCCUUUUACAACAGUGAAGGUCCCAGUCACAUUCACGGGGAAGUGGAGGGUUUUUAUGACGGCAUCAACAGCCUGAAGCGGAAGCAGGCUGAGGCUAAUCUGAAGCGGUUGAUCUGA